AUGCAAUCGUUGGGGAGGAGCAUUCAGCGCUCCAAGCAGGCGGCUAAGCGCAGCAGCCGCACGAAAUACCGGCAAAUGAUGGAGGCUGAGCGUAACGCCGCUAUGGUUCGUGAGAUGGAAGAACAAGAACACCAGCGACGCAAGGGUGCCCCCCUGAAGUCCAUAUGGGAGACAAAUAACCUUGAGGAGUUCCUGUUGAUUGCUGACGCACAAGAAAAGGGCUACGAAGCCGCGCGGGAUCUUCAUCUUGUCGUUGACGGAACACCACAUGUUGUGACAAAUGACAAAGUGUUGCCUCUGAGUGAUGACAGAGUGGAUUGGUUGAAAAUAAGCGAACUACUGACUAUUCCCCGCAGGCCGCAGUGGAGUUAUGACAUGACCGCACAGGAGGUGCAAUCCCUGGAGGCCUCCGCCUUUUUUGAGUGGCGGCGGCGGCUUGCAAAGUUGGAGGAAAAGCACAAAGUUGUUAUGACACCGUACGAAAAGAACUUGGAGGUCUGGCGGCAGUUGUGGCGCGUAACGGAGCGGGCGGAUAUCGUUCUAAUGAUUCUUGAUGCAAGGAAUCCCCUAGUGUUUCGUUGCGCUGACUUUGAAUUAAGUGUUAGAGAAACUAUGGGUAAGGCAGGUAAACCUAAGGAGGUUGUAUUCCUUCUCAACAAGUCUGAUCUUCUAACCGAGGAACAGCGUCGUGUGUGGGCGGACUAUUUCACAGAGCGUGGGGAGGCGUUCAUUUUUUUCUCCGCCACACCAUCUGAUAGUAAGAAAAAGGAGUCAGUACAUUGUGCUGGUGUCGAUGGGGAAAGUGAACAUGAUGGUUCGGAGGGUGUAGCGAGUGACCACAUGACCGGCAGCGCUGGCAUUGGGGCGGAGCGAGAAGUGACCACGCUUGGAAAUGAUGAGGAUGAAGAUUUAUUCAGCGUUGACAAUGAAAAGGACUUCUCCAAGCUUAUGCGAAACAAAAAGGAGAAAAGGCGUCAUAACAAGAAGUCCCUUCGUGCCCCAGUGGUAGUAGCAAAUCCAUAUCAACUUAUUCAUCAGCGGAAGGUCUGUAAGGAGCAGUUAAUCCUUCGGAAACAGCAACCCCAGAAUCUGAACCGCCCACCUCAGCCACUGACAGCAGAUGAGAAGGCGAGGGAUGACCGUGUGUCAAAACUCUCCUCACUUGAUCCAUGGGCAGUGUUGGAUCCGGAGCAGCUUCUGGACCGCCUCGCCAUGUGGCGCAAGUCAUGUAGCAUCACCGAUACAGAGACGCCAUUGAUGGUUGGUCUUGUUGGUUACCCCAAUGUUGGGAAAUCGUCCACAAUUAAUGCCAUAUUAGGUUGCAAAAAGGUUGUUGUGAGUGCCACACCAGGCAAAACGAAGCACUUCCAGACGCUUGUUAUUCCCAAUGAGCGGCGCGUUGCGCUGUGUGACUGUCCUGGCCUUGUGUUUCCCUCGUUUGCCUCUACCCGGGCUCAGAUGGUAUGCGAUGGGAUACUUCCCAUAGAUACUGCAACCGAUGUGGAAGCGGCCAUUGCCAUUUUGUGCCAGCGGAUCCCACGACAGGUACUUGAGCAGCAGUUUAACGUGUCAUUGAGAGCGGGUGAUGACAGGGAUGAGAGCCACUCGUUGAUGGAACGGCUCCUGAAUGCCGUGGCCCGCCGUCGCGGUUAUUUGGGGGCGCACGAUCGGCCAAACAGGUCCCGUGCGGGACGUGAUAUACUGAAGUUAUAUGUGGACGGUGUUCUUCUUUACGUGGAGCCACCACCCAGCUACCACCCUCGCGUGAGUGACAUAGCUGCUUAUGUGUCCCAAUACAAAGGAAAAGAAGGUGUUAUAGUUGACAAAAGCAAAAGGGACUCUAACCACUCAGUUACGGAGGCGGAUUUGGAUGGCGCGUCAGAAGGUGAUGGGGACGAGUGGGAAGACGCAAGCAGCUGCGCAAGUGAUCUGGAUGAUUAUGACGCGGAAGCAUGGGAGGCACUUGACCGUGCGGCGGCCGACCGUGCUCUUAGCGAUGCUGACAGCGUUGGAAGUCGCGACCUGGAAGGUGAUAAUGGCGUAGCGGAUAUGGCGGUGCCGAAGUUCUACGUCCGACCAAAAGGGGCAUGUGGGACCCUUACACGACAGGAAGCCCUCAACGCUGAAGCCAACGUGAAACGUAUUCUAAUGGGGAUGAAAAAUGCAGCUCGGAGGCGGCGACGCACCAAUCAUCAGCUUGAUCCUGCGGAUGAUGUUUUCAUCAAUGCUGAGGGUGAAGUAGAACUCAUCAUUGAUGAUGACGACGGGAUCGUUGAGAUCGGAGGUGCGUCGCCUUGUGGCAAAGGAGGGAGUUCGCCUCGCGCGGUGCAAGCCGUGGAGAAUACGAAGAAAAUGUCUAAGCGACAAAUGCGUCGUGAGUUGAAGCGGUCCGGUGCUGGUCCUGUUAACCCCACCACCCGCAGGCAGGUUGUUCAAGGUUACUAA